CCCGGAGAGAAUUAAAGUUCAGGCGAAGAAACAGAAGUGUAGUAAAGAAAGUGCACUGCACGUGUUAAACAUGUUUACCAGAAGCGUUUGAUCGUGGAGAAAAAGCCUUUUGCACAGAGACACGCUUGUCCAGCAAGAGUGCGCACAGAUUUGGAUGGAUUUAGUCCAGUGGAAAUACUUGAAUUAUCAAAAAUGGAUGACCAAAUAUGACUGAAGCACAGACACAAAGUGGAAGAUAAUCUGUCAAAGAAAUAGUAAAAGUGAGGAAAGUUUCCAUCUCAGGGCUUGCAUGAUUUAAAGAUGCGCUGGAUUUGUUCCUGUGUGCUGUUGCUGAUGGUUUUGGAGAAUGCUGUGCCUGUGGCCAUGCCUGCGUGGAGUAAACACAAGGUGGCUACUAUUCAGUUGCAUAAACCAUGUGUGCAGACACCUCCAACUGUGCACAUGCGAUCACAUGGAGGUCGGGGCCGGUCCAAGCGCUAUGCCAUCAACCCACUGGGCAACAAGUGGGAGCAUUUCAACAUCACCUACAAGAUCACAAAGUUCCCAAACACGCUAAAUAAAGAGGAUACACGCAAAGCUAUCAGUAUCGCCUUCACAAAGUGGAGUGAUGUUUCUCCUCUGACUUUCACUGAAAUCACCAACCCCAACAAAAGUGCUGACAUCACAAUAGGCUUCUACACAUACAAUCAUACAGAUUGUUGGUGGUCUCCACUGCACCCAUGUUUUGAUGGUUUGAAUGGUGAGUUGGCCCACGCCUUCCUUCCCCCACGUGGGGAGAUCCAUUUCGACAACCAUGAAUUCUGGAUUCUGGGCAAAUCUCGCUUCAGCUGGAAGCAAGGUAUAUGGCUGAAUGACCUGGUUCAGGUAGCUGCUCAUGAAAUUGGACAUACCUUAGGACUCUGGCAUUCACGGGACCCCAAUGCUCUAAUGCACCCUAAUGCAACCUACACAGGUCAGCGAAAUAUUGCCCAAGAUGAUAUCUGGGGCAUCCAGCGCCUCUACGGGUGCAUGGACAAAAAACGUGUAUGUGAUCCCUGGGCACAGUUGGGCUUUUGUGAGAGGAGGCGGAGCUUCAUGAAGAAAAACUGCCCGCAGCGCUGCGACCUGUGCUACGAGCCUCUGGAUACUGUGUCCACCCCGACCCCUCCACCUGAAAAUGUGAAGAUCAAAAUUGUGCCAAGAGGAAAAGUUGUGGGCUUCCGCUGUGGGACAAAAAAUUCCCUAGUGCCUCCAAAAGUCAGCUGGUAUAAGGACGGCGAGCAGCUACUGACAUCCAUUCCUGGCUAUAUUGUUAUUAAAGAUCGGGAUCUGCGGCUCGUGGCCAAUGAAUUCAAUGAAGGGACGUACACCUGUCGCAUCCAUCGCCGCGGUAACAUAGUUUCUGCUAACUCCUGGGCCAUCCGCUUGAAGCCAGAGCUGUCCUCCAACAACAGCUGAUGAAGAGAGGAUGGAUUUAUUGACCACUUGCUCUAUCUCCAGGGCUUGAUACCACUCUGACCACCACUGCAGUGAACCCAUCUCUGAUCAGUGAUCAACUCCAGACUCUCUUAAAGAACAACCUGCAAUGGUUUGUUUACAGGCAGAUGUGCUUCUGUGAAUCUCAGAUAAGACAAUGUGAAUCUCUUGAAAACACAUACAGAUCACCAUUGGGAUUCUUUCAAGGUUCACACAGGCAUGAAUAAUGAGUAAAUACAGUCUCGUUGAAUCUUAAUGUAGUGAUUUCCAGCCCAGGAAAAGUCAUGGAUUAAUAAUACAAUUAAUACAUUUCUAUAAUGGUAAACAUUUUCUAGUUAAGCUCUCUAAAAUCUUAAAUAUUUAAUAGACUAGUAAUCACAAACUACUAAAAAAGUUAUAGAUAAAUCAUGACUAUUCAGUGGUUCUUUGCAUUGUAACCC